AUGAGCGCUAUACUAGCGCCCGCAAUAUAUACUUUUAGGCUAUUAAGACGGCUAAAAAGGAUUACUGGAACUAAGGAUUCUAAAUCGAUUUUUAAAGCCUUAGCCUAUACGAAGUUAAGGUGGUUAGAGCUAGUCCCAAAUCUGAAGCUUUCUGCCACCCAUUUUGCAACCAUAUUCACUACUAAAUGCGACCUCUUCCGCUAG